GAAAAAAAAAGUUUUAUAAAGACGUCUGGGCAGUUGGUGGUGGGUUCAGUUGUGCUGCGUUCAUCGCCAGGUGCUAAACAAAUCAAGCUACAAGCUAUACCCGAAAAAUCUCAUCUCAGCGAAGAAGCUUCCCGCAAAGUGCUGCGGCAGCAUUUUGGGAGCUGUAAUCGCAAAAUUUGCAUAAUUUUUUUUCACACGACCACUUCUCAAGUAGAAAAAGUUCAAGGUUCGUGGCCGGUUGUUGGAUGAAAACACAUUUUUCGCGGUCGCAACGAUCUUAGCUGCAGUGACGACGGGCAGUGUUUGUGCGCAGAUCCAAGGGAGGAGUACGAAAAGUUUCCCCAUAAGUGUGCUGGAAAAGAUUUUUUUUUCUCUAGAGAAUAAAGUGUCUUCUAUUUGCCCUCAAAGGAGCGAAAAUUUUGUGAUUUUUUUUAACUGAAUAUUAUCUUCUUGGAAGAAUGCAGCUCUUCGUGGGACUUUUCACCCUCUUCUGCGCCCUCCACAUCACCCUUGGUUAUUCCACACCAACAGGUGGUUUGGGAGCUUCAUCGAGUGCCGGAUCUUUUGCUUCAGCAGGCACUGCUGCUCAAGCUGGAGGACUAACCGGUGGUGCAGCUCUCGGUGGAGCUACAACUGCCCUCGGAGCGGGAGGCUCUUAUGGAUCCCAGUAUCCUUAUACGGAUAACUCUCUUGGGUCAUCAGCUGUCGGAGGAACCACAGGGGGAGGUUCCUACGGUGGAAGCUAUGGCGGUGGCAGCUACGGUGGUGGCAGUUAUGACACUACUGGAGGCUUUGGCGGUGGUACCUUCAGUGGUGGGAAUUACGGUGGUGGAACCACAGGAACUGGUGGCAACUAUGGCGGUGGAAGCACUGGAACUGGUGGAGCAUUCGCUGGUGCAAGUGGAGGCGCCUACGUUGGCACUGGAGCUGCUCCAUUUGUCCCACAAGCCGCUCUCUACCCAACUGGCCCAUCACAGCAAGACUAUCAGAAUCUCUUCGUUAACUUCUGGAAGAGCCUCAGUGAUAAUUAUGCCAAUGCUGCAACUAUGACCUAUGCCUCUCCUGGCUCUAAAGCUUUCGCCGCUGCCUCGUCAGGACCUUACAAUGAAUUGAUCAGCCAACAAUUGGCACACCAGGCGGCACUCUUCAAUCAGAUCAACGCAGCAGGAAGUCGUUUUGGGGGUGCUGACGCAGGUGCGGGCCUCGGUGGUGGCUACUAUGCACCCAAUUAUGCCAGCUCAAGUGCCUCCCUGGGACCACAGGGUGCCUACCAAACAGCCAACAUUAUUCCUGCAAAUCCUAACUCCCCGAAUGUGGACACGCUACAUGGCAGUGGAGGUAAUCCCGUUGUUAGCAUGUCCGUUGGCCCACCUGGCUUCUACGGGGUCUCCUCAUCGAGUUUCUCCUCCUCAUCCGACAUCAAUGGGCACGUGCAAUCCCACAGGGAGGCUCAAACGACCGUCAACGACAAUGGGAAAGUCACAACGUACACAGUGAAAUCAUAAAAAAAAAACUCCUCAACUCUCCUUCUCCCCUCACUUUCUGUCCCUCCCCCCCAAAAACCCCCAUCCCGGGGGCAAAUAAGAAAAAAUAAAAUAAAACUUCCAUAGAAAUAA